AUGUUAAAUAAGACAAACACCAAUAAGGUUAAGAGACAAACUAUUGAAACUGAAAAGGCUAAUGAAUAUACUCAGCUUUUACUUGCAAACUAUUUUAAAAUUGGUGAAUCAAUAGUUUCAAAAAUACUUAAACAAGAAGAUUACUGGCUUUCAAUUAAUCCAAAUUCAACACAAGCAAAGUCUAAACAAGAUUGCUCAGCUAAAUACCCCCAGCUUAAAGAAGUCUUAAAGAAUUUUGAAUUAGUUGAUCUUACCUUACCAAGAUCACAAAAAUUAGAGAGUAUAAAUCAUACUGAUCUUGUAACAGAAAUUCAGUCUCUAAUCAGUCAGCUUCCUGUAACUAAUCCAAUGCAAGUAGAAAAUUUUAUUGAGCCCAAUCAUAGUAUUGAAAUGGAUAUAAUGCCUAGUGAUGAUGAAAUAAUUACUGUUAUACUUGAUUAUGAUUGCAAUAAAGAUGAUAAAAAUAAACCUGAAGUUCAUAUUUCUUAUAAAGAAGUUAUUACAAGCAUUAAUAAUAUUUUGCAUUUUAUUGAUCAAGAAGAUGGAUUUAAAGUAGAUGGAUCUUUUGUUCAAAAACUAAAUAGGUUUAAAAAAAUGUAG